AUGGCCUCUUGCAGUCCCUCGAGCUCUCCAAUUGACCCCCAGAAUCCUCCUCUUACCGACGCGUCUGUGACAAGCGUCUCGAGCGACGUUCCUAGCGAACUCGCCCACUCUGAACCUGUCCAGCUUCAUCCUCUACAGAUUCAGUAUCAGCAAGAGCAGGCCAAGCGCGAACAGCUCCUCCACGGUGCUAAUGGCGACCGCGUCGACAACGGCAUCAACCGCGUCCAGACACCCGCAAACAGGUUCAUCCCGUACCAUUCUGCGACCCACAGUCCCACAAAAGGUCGCUACAUUACUUCGAAUGAUGCACGGGGUUACAUUCCGGUCUAUGAGUAUCCAUUGAAUGGACAAUGGAUCAUGAUGGAUAUGGACGACGGCUACAUCCUUUGGACCGGCAUCUGGAAGGCUCUCGGGAACCACAAGGCGGACAUUGUCAAGAUGCUUGAAUCCCAGCCCGAACUCGCGACUCAACUCAGGCGCGUUCGUGGAGGUUAUCUCAAAAUCCAGGGCACGUGGUUAGCCUACGAGGUCGCAUUGCGUCUAGCCAGAAGAGUCGCUUGGCCUAUCCGUCACGACCUUGUUCCCCUCUUCGGGCCUACCUUCCCUACUACCUGUCUCGCGCCGGAUCAGCCCGGGUACGGCACCGUCAUCCCACCAUCUGGGAGGAGAAAGCCGAGACGAUCGCUCCAGUCGGUCGGUAUCCCCCCUCCACACAGUGUCCCUUAUCCUCCAAAGCUCCCACUGGCAAAGGAGUUUGCUCUGGGUGCUCGCCCUCAACCCCAUGGCGAGUCCCCUAUGUUCAGAUCGCCCAAUCCAAUGCUCUCUGGUUCGCCUGUCGACACCCACGCCAUGCCAUUCGUUCCUCCGACUAUCCCAUCUGUCCCUGCGCUCGUGCCAGUGAGCGGGGUAGCGUACUCACCGCAAGAACCCAGUUCGGCGUCCUCCUACUCGUCUGGACAGCCAGCCCCUUACGCCUCUAGUAAGCAUCGCUUCUCGCCAUAUGCCUUUCCGAAGCGACACCAUUCCCCGUCUCUCUCCGCAUAUUCCGGCUAUGAAGGCAAGCCACAUCCGCUCGUCCACCGCGCUUCGGAUCCCAACCUUCGUGCCUACCAUGCUCGUGGACACGUCUUGGUCCCACGUCUCUCGCUCAACAAUCUGCAUCUGCCCACAGGGGAGAUCAAGCGACAGCUGCCCAUUGCCCGCCCUGACGGUGCGGAUCCAGUUGACAAGAGCCAUCCUCCAGCAUUAGAAGACGCGCCUAGUGAGAAUCUCGGGAUUACCUCUAUUGAGGACUCUAUUCCAACCCCGCCCUACGAGGUGUCGCCUUCAUUCGACCCAAGCUGGCAUGUGGGACACGGCACACGAUGGCCUGAGACACCAGUCGACUAUGUCGCAAAUUAUGACCACGGCCCCCAGUACUACGGGGAGUCUGUCCCGAGCUAUUCAGAUGCCUCAUUGUCCUCGCCGCCGACCGCAUGGUCUUACGACGCUUACAGCCUACCGUCGCCUGCGGAACAACACUUGUACUAUCCCCCGAUUCGCUCCUCACAUCAUCGCUACUCGAGCAUGUCGUCCACGACAUCCUUUAACGGACGUCGCCUGAGCAUGGCCGAAUCAAUGGCCAGCUCCUUCCCAGAACCGGACGCACCGAUCCCACAAGUAGCAUAUCAUCGAUAUUCACAACCUCAGAUCUAUCAGCCCCUGCCUCCACCCCACCUGGACUAUUGGAUGCGAGAACGGUCAGGCUCGUUUGCCGAGCCAUCUUACGCCCCAGUCGCUGGUGGCAUUCACAGUGGUGAGCCGCCGGCUCAUCAGACCAUCUUUGAGCACCAAGAAAUGCUCACAAUGGUUGGGCCCCACGAGUUUACUCCCUCGCCUCGCUCGUCGCACACUCCCGCCGAGUCGUUUGAGUCCCAAGAGGUUUCGACGCCCGACGAUGUCCACGUACCCCUCUAUAAUCCUCAAACAGUAUUGCUCCCGGAGGCACAUACAGUCACUGUAUGGUGA